AUGCCAGACACGGACGUCAACAUGGCCGAGAACGAGAUGUGUUCGAGCCCCUCCCAGUCCAGCACCGAAGACUCCGACUCCGACAACUCGGUAGCAGAGGAGGCAUCGGCUUCUGCGAACGGCUGGCUCAUGCCGGUUGUGGCGGGUGUAGUCACCGCUGCCUGCGACAACAUCGUGCUGAGGCUGGAAAGGAUCGUGACGAGUAUGGACGCUCAGAUCGACGCUGCCCACAACACCGUGCAGGAAACGGUUACUGCGAUGGACGCUACUGUCGACGGCCUGAAAUUGUUUAUGAGCACCAUGUUCGACGAGCUUCUAGCCACCAUCCGCGACAAAUUCCGGGAGCAGGAUCAAGCACUCGUCGCUAAACUCCAGGAGCAGGGUCGAGUCCACGCCGCCAAAGUCCGGGGACUGGAACAAACCCUUGAAUCCCAGAAUCAAGAUCUGAAGGCGCUGAAGGCAGAAGUGCUGGAAAGGAAGAAGGAUAUGCGGCUACUUCUCGAGUCCAGGGAAGGGAACGCCGACCUCAUCCCGAACACGGACCUUAACAUGGCCGACGGCGAGGUGUCGACUCCCGCCUAUUCCAGUACCGACGAGUCCGACAGCGAGAGCUCGACCGAGAACGGCCCGGAAGCUCCGACAGAGGCGCCCUCUUCUCGUACCCUCGACAGCAUCCUACAGAGAGUGGACGCCGUGGUCACCGCCGCCUUAGCCAACUUCUCGUCGCGGAUGAUCAACACGUUGGAUGAAAUCGCAGAGCGCUUCGGUGGCAAAAUUCGGGAGCGCGAUCAAGCUGUCGACGAGCUCGAACAAACCUUCAAGGCAAAGAACCAAGCUCUAGAGGCGGAGAUACUGCAGCUGAAGAAGGAUGCGCAUCUUCUACGGGAAAACAGGCAAGGGACAGCUGACCUCCACCCCAGCGCUCGAUCAGUCAAGCGCAUCCGAAGCCAAACUGAAACGGAGCCAUCGACAACCCACCCCCGAGAUCAUCCGACGUCGCAGUAG